AUGUGCGCCUGUUGUUUCUGUCCCACGUGUCCGGCGAUACUUCCAUGUGGCACAGCGCCAUGCAGGUAUCCAUGCCCCCCGCCGCCCCAAUGCUGCCAGCCAUGCUGUCCGCCCCCAGUUCCAUGCACGCCAUGCCCACCGUGCACAUGCAGUCCAGUGUUCAGGCCAUGUCCGGCGCCCAUCUUACCUGACAUCGUCCCACCAAUAGUGCCAGUGUUGCCUCCCUGUAGACCUCGAAGACUGCCGCGAUGUGAACCUCUACCUUGUCCACCGAAGCCAGUGUUUUGCCCACCAGUUUUGCCUUGCUGCCCGCCUCCUGAACCAUGUGACCCACCCCCGGUAUGCCCGUGUCCGGACCCGACUCCUUGUUACCAACCAGUGUUGCCGUGCUGCAACCCUCAAUGUCCACCACCAAUAAUUCCCAAACAGCGCCCCAUCUGUCCGCGAGCGCCGCCUCCCCCAUACCCUUGCCUGCCCGUCUCUCGCAGCUGCUGUCCGCCUUGCGAAUACGACCCAGUCACUCGACGAAGACCUUUGAUAGUUCACAACAGUGUAUUCGAUACCAGACCAACGGGCUUGCCUGAAAAUUCUUACACAAGACGAAACCCGAGUGUACGAUACGCUGUAUCCAAUUACGUCAAACAGGGUCCUCAAUCCGGCUGCUGUCAUCACGUCAAUGUACCUCUUUAUUAA